UGUCACAAAGGGGGGGCGGCGGACACGUGGGUGCAGGCUGCCCCUGGGGCGGUCGGUCGCAGUGAGCUGGGGUCGCCGGAGAACCGCCCACCAUCUCCGCCGGCCCGCUCCUCUGCCCCGGCCUCCCCACCCGUCCAGCCGUGGCAGAAACCAGCUGCCAGGUGGACUCCCCGCUCCGUGAGACCGCCUCCCUCCAGUCUCUCCACCUCGUUCGGACCUCUACAAGACCAUGUCCAUCCUCUACGUCUCCCCUCAUCCAGAUGCGUUCCCCAGCCUCCGAGCCCUCAUAGCGGCUCGCUAUGGGGAGGCUGGAGAGGGCCCGGGCUGGGGAGGACCCCACCCUCGCAUCUGUCUCCAGCCACCCCCUACCAGCCGGACUCCCUAUCCCCCACCUCGCCUGCCUGCCCUGGAGCAGGGACCCGGUGGCCUCUGGGUGUGGGGAGCCACAGCUGUGGCUCAGCUCCUGUGGCCAGCAGGCCUAGGAGGCCCUGGAGGUAGCCGGGCAGCUGUCCUUGUCCAACAGUGGGUCAGUUAUGCAGAUACGGAGCUCAUACCAGCUGCUUGUGGGGCAACACUACCAGCUCUGGGACUCCGAGGCCCUGCUCAGGACCCCCAGGCUGCAUUGGGGGCCCUGGGUAAGGCCCUGAGCCCCUUGGAGGAGUGGCUUCGACUGCACACCUACCUGGCUGGAGAUGCCCCCACUCUGGCUGACCUAGCUGCUGUGACAGCCUUGCUGCUACCUUUCCGAUACGUCCUGGACCCCUCUGCCCGCCGGAUCUGGGGUAAUGUGACUCGCUGGUUUAUCACUUGUGUCCGGCAGCCAGAGUUCCGAGCCGUGCUGGGAGAAGUGGUUCUAUACUCAGGGUCCAAGUCUCUCUCUCAACAGCCAGGUCCUGAGGUCCCUGCACCCCCAAAGACAGCUGCUCAACUCAAAAAAGAGGCAAAGAAACGGGAGAAGCUAGAGAAAUUCCAACAAAAGCAGAAGAACCAACAGCAGCAGCCACCCCCUGGAGAGCAGAAGAAACCAAAACAAGAGAAGAAGGAGAAACGGGAGCUUGGAGUCAUUACCUAUGACCUCCCAACCCCACCUGGGGAAAAGAAAGAUGUCAGUGGCACCAUGCCGGACUCCUACAGCCCUCAGUAUGUGGAGGCUGCCUGGUACCCUUGGUGGGAGCAGCAGGGCUUCUUCAAGCCGGAAUACGGGCGUCCUAAUGUGUCAGCACCAAAUCCCCGAGGGGUCUUCAUGAUGUGCAUCCCACCCCCCAACGUGACAGGCUCCCUGCACCUGGGUCAUGCGCUCACCAACGCCAUCCAGGACUCCCUGACUCGAUGGCACCGCAUGCGUGGGGAGACCACCCUGUGGAACCCAGGCUGUGACCAUGCAGGCAUUGCCACCCAAGUAGUGGUGGAGAAGAAACUAUGGCGAGAGCGGGGGCUGAACCGGCACCAACUGGGCAGAGAGGCCUUUCUUCAGGAGGUCUGGAAGUGGAAGGAGGAGAAGGGCGACCGGAUUUACCACCAGCUAAAGAAGCUUGGCAGCUCCUUGGACUGGGAUCGAGCCUGUUUCACCAUGGACCCAAAAUUGUCAACAGCUGUGACUGAAGCCUUUGUCCGGCUUCAUGAAGAAGGUGUCAUCUACCGCAGUACCCGCCUGGUUAAUUGGUCCUGCACACUCAACUCCGCCAUCUCUGACAUUGAGGUCGAUAAAAAAGAGCUGACGGGCCGAACCCUACUCUCAGUACCUGGUUACAAGGAGAAAGUGGAGUUUGGGGUCCUUGUGUCCUUUGCCUAUAAGGUGGAAGGUUCAGACCACAACGAGGAGGUGGUGGUGGCAACAACUCGGAUUGAGACCAUGCUGGGAGACGUGGCUGUGGCUGUGCACCCCAAUGAUCCCAGGUAUAAGCAUCUGAAGGGGAAGAGCUUGAUCCACCCGUUCCUGUCUCGGAGCCUCCCCAUUGUUUUCGAUGAGUUUGUGGACAUGGAGUUUGGCACAGGUGCUGUGAAGAUCACCCCUGCACAUGACCAGAAUGACUAUGAGGUCGGGCAGCGGCAUGGGCUGGAAGCCAUCAGCAUCAUGGACUCCCGUGGGGCCCUCGUAAACGUGCCCCCACCUUUCCUGAACAUGCCCAGGUUUGAGGCCAGGAAGGCAGUGCUGGCAGCCCUGAAAGAGCAGGGACUGUUUCGUGGCGUUGAGGACAACCCCAUGGUGGUGCCGCUUUGCAACCGUUCCAAGGAUGUGGUGGAGCCUCUGCUAAGGCCGCAGUGGUACGUGCGUUGUGGGGAGAUGGCCCAGGCUGCCAGCGCUGCUGUGACCCGGGGCGACCUCCGUAUCCUGCCUGAGGCCCAUCAACGGACAUGGCAUUCCUGGAUGGACAACAUCCGGGACUGGUGCAUCUCCCGGCAGCUGUGGUGGGGCCAUCGCAUUCCAGCCUACUUUGUUACUGUUGAUGAUCCCACAGUGCCCCCUGGGGAGGACCCUGAUGGGCGAUACUGGGUGAGUGGACGCAGUGAGGCAGAGGCGCGGGAGAAGGCAGCCAAAGAGUUUGGAGUAUCCCCCGACAAGAUCAGCCUCCAGCAAGAUGAGGAUGUAUUGGACACCUGGUUCUCUUCUGGCCUCUUCCCCUUCUCCAUCUUGGGCUGGCCCAAUCAGUCCGAAGACCUCAGUGUGUUCUACCCAGGGACACUGCUGGAAACAGGUCAUGAUAUCCUCUUCUUCUGGGUGGCCCGGAUGGUCAUGCUCGGCCUAAAGCUCACUGGCAGGCUGCCUUUCAGAGAGGUCUACCUGCAUGCUAUCGUGCGUGAUGCUCACGGCAGGAAGAUGAGCAAGUCUCUAGGCAACGUCAUCGACCCCCUGGACGUCAUCCAUGGAGUCUCCUUGCAGGGCCUUCACGACCAAUUACUGAAUAGCAACCUGGAUCCCAGUGAGGUGGAGAAAGCUAGAGAAGGGCAGAAAGCCGACUUCCCGGUAGGGAUUCCUGAGUGUGGCACUGAUGCCCUCCGCUUUGGACUCUGUGCCUAUACAUCUCAGGGGCGGGACAUCAACCUGGAUGUGAACCGGAUUCUGGGUUACCGCCACUUCUGCAACAAGCUCUGGAACGCCACCAAGUUUGCCCUCCGUGGCCUUGGGAAGGGUUUUGUGCCCUCACCCACCUCCAAGCCUGGAGGCCACGAGAGCCUGGUGGACCGCUGGAUCCGCAGCCGGCUGACCGAGGCUGUGCGGCUUAGCAAUGAAGGUUUCCAGGCCUAUGAUUUCCCAGCCAUCACCACUGCUCAGUACAGUUUUUGGCUCUAUGAGCUAUGCGACGUGUACUUGGAGUGCAUAAAGCCAGUACUGAAUGGAGCAGACCAGGCUGCAGCUGAGAGCGCCCGCCAGACCCUCUACACCUGUCUGGACGUUGGCCUGCGGCUGCUCUCACCCUUCAUGCCCUUUGUGACGGAGGAGCUGUUCCAGAGGCUUCCCCGACGGACACCACAAGCUCCCGCUAGCCUUUGCAUUACCCCUUAUCCAGAGCCUGCAGAGUGCUCCUGGAAGGACACUGAAGCAGAAGCCUCCCUUGAACUCGCGCUAAGCAUCACUCGAGCUGUGCGCUCCCUACGUGCCGACUACAACCUGACCCGGAUCCGGCCCGACUGUUUCCUGGAAGUGGCUGAUGAGGCCACAGGUGCUGUGGCCUCCGCGGUGUCUGGAUAUGUGCAGGCGCUGGCCAGCGCGGGUGUGGUGGCUGUCCUGGCCUUGGGGGCCCCUGCACCCCAGGGCUGCGCCGUGGCUCUGGCCUCUGACCGCUGCUCCAUCCACCUGCAGCUGCAGGGACUAGUGGAUCCAGCCCGGGAACUGAGCAAACUGCAGGCCAAACGAAGUGAGGCGCAGAGGCAGGCCCAGCGUCUGCGGGAGCGCCGCACCGCCUCCGGCUACUCUGUCAAGGUUCCCCUCGAAGUCCAGGAGGCAGAUGACGCCAAGCUACAACAGACAGAGGCAGAGCUCAGGAAGGUGGAUGAGGCCAUUGCCCUAUUCCAGAAGAUGCUGUGACACACCCUGCUCCAACCCUCAGGCCCCAGUGGUCCACCAUUGGGAGGGCAGCAAUAAAAUAUUUUGCCACAAAUUCA